UUUUCUUGACAAGGUUUUCAUUGGCUUAACGGAUAGCUUUGCCAAUUUCCUAUUGGUCAAAAUGGGCUCCAAGUUUUACAUCAAACCAUGCUAGUCGGAAUUAGCUUUUGGACAGUAUUAGCAAACCAUGGGGGACUGGAUGAAAAGCGCAGUCUGAAACAGAGCCAGGUGGUCCAGUGUUUUAUGUUAAAGUUGUUUGUUAUUUCAUGCCUAUUUUUUGAGAGCUCAACAAUGUCUUUGACUAACAAAUUUUUAAAACUCGUCGUGGCAAGUGGAGUUUUAUUUUUGGCUGUACAGUACCUGCGAUAUUGGAUGGUAAACAAACAGUAUGUGUUUACCAAGGAAGACAUAGCUAACUUGGCUAAACAGUAUGCGGGUCAGGACCAUGAACAGGCCUUCGCCAAGGUGGUGGUGGAGCUGCGUAAGCGGUACCCCGGCCACAUCCUGGAGGACGAGGACCUGCAGUGGGUGUUUGUGAACGCCGGGGGCUGGAUGGGCUCCAUGUGUCUCCUCCACGCCUCGCUCACGGAGUACGUCCUGCUCUUCGGGACGGCCGUGGACACCGGGGGACACUCGGGCCGGUAUUGGGCAGAAAUAUCAGACACCAUCAUCUCGGGGACAUUUAGGCAAUGGAAGGAAGGGACCACAAAAAGUGAGAUGUAUUACCCUGGCGAUACAAUUGUGCACGUGCCCGGGGAGGCGACGUCGGUGCAGUGGAGCGCGGGGACGUGGAUGGUGGAGUACGGCCGAGGCUUCAUCCCCUCCACGCUGGGUUUCGCUCUGGCCGACACCAUCUUCAGCACUCAGGACUUUGUGACGCUCUUCUACACCGUGAGGGUGUACGCCAAGGGGAUGCUCCUGGAGGCCCACACCCUUCUCACCGAGGCUGGGAUCUUCUGACCAUCCACUUCUUAACGCUCUUUGUUUUUUUUGUCUGUGUUCCGUCCUACGUGGGGAGGCAGGCUAACUGUGAGGCACUUAUGAGGACUGGCUAAAAGUUAUCCCAGGCCUUCAAAGGCCAGCUAGACAGGUUGUUGUGAUGUGACAAACUUAACACUAAAAUACUGACCAAUCUGCCCAUACACAGUUAAAUAGAAGUCUGCAACUGCCGCUACUAGUUAUUUCUUAUUCUUUUCUAUUUCAGAAUCUACACAAUUUUUUGCUGUAACUAGGAAUGUCAUAUGAGAUCUAGAACUUGUGCAGUAUCAUGACAAACCGUCGUGUGCACGCACUCGGAGAGGAAUUGGUGUUGACGUAUACAAUCCAAGCGUAUCAGUUUGUUUGUUUGUUUGUUUGUUUGUUUGGGUUCUUUGUUUUUCCGGUUAUGAUUUCAGUGGGUAUGGGACUGUCUCUUCAGCUUGCAAGUAAAACCUUUUUAUAAUCCCUUGAUCACACGUUGGUCCAGAAAGGAAUUGAAUUAAUUAAUUAAUGUUCGCAGAUUGUCAAAAUGUCUGUGUAGUCAUGGGUAUGUCAAAAUCUGUGUUAAUUUCAGGUUGGAUGCUGUAGCUGUCUGUGUUAAUGACUACAUUCACUGCAAAAGUUGUACUGUAAAAAUGAACAGAGUCAUGAUUUCAAUCCUGCAUGUUCCCACCACCUGUGGGAGAUAAUGUCUGGAACGAUCUGACCAAUAAAUGGAGAGAUGCACUACAGUCUUUAUCUAGUUGUUUAUCUAGUUGAAUACCAACAUUUGGUUAGGUGGUGGUUGGUUGGGGACACAGUUCAUGUGACAGUUCUUAUAACUGUCCUGUUCAAUGUAAGGGCGAAUGCAACAUGUCCAUGUAUUAUUGUGCAUAUUGUACGUAUGGACAGACGACAUGCAUGUUUAUUUUCCCCGUGUUAAAUUUCAGUAAAACUGUAUUGUCUUAAGUUCAUUUCUGCACAAACACGUAGUAUUCCACUGUUAUUGGGAGACGAAGAGACAAUCUGAAAAGGCAGUACUUCGCCACUUAGUUGUGGAACAUUUUCCGUGGAAAAAAAAAAAUAUAUACUGUCUGAUGAGUUUACAAUGCUGACAUAAUAAAAUAUGACAAUACAACUCCAAA